AUGGCAAACGAGGGGUUUCCAGUGUUUCGUCUGGUGCUCUCCUUUGUUGCUUUUCUUUUAACGUUGCAGACGGUUCAUGGCGAUCUGAGUUACACUGUUCUGGAAGAAAUGAAGCGAACGGCUAUUGUUGGCAACAUUGCAAAAGAUCUCGGACUGGAUUUGAGGACAAUAUCUUCCCGGAAAGCCCGCUUGGAUUUCGAGGAGAUUCAAAAAAUGUACUGUGACAUUAAUCUGAAUACCGGGGAUUUGGUUAUAUCUGAGAGAAUUGACAGAGAAAGCAUUUGUGGCAAGAAACCGUCGUGUGUUUUGAAAAUAGAUUUGGUUCUGGAAAAUCCUUUAGAACUUCAUCGCAUAAACCUCCAUAUUCAAGAUGUAAAUGAUAACUCGCCAAAAUUCAGAGAGAACUUGAUUCAAAUGGAAAUAAGCGAGUCAACAGUCAAAGGGAGCCGCUUCUCCAUCGCGGAAGCCCAUGACGCAGAUAUAGGCCACAAUGAUGUACAAAGGUACAUACUUGAAAAAAAUGACAAUUUUAUUCUCUUUGCUGAUAGCAGUAAGGUAGAAUUGGUGGUAGAAACUUCACUUGACAGGGAAAAACGAAAUGACAUGAAUUUACUCCUCACAGCUUUGGAUGGCGGCUCUCCUCAGCGGUCAGGUACUGUGGUCAUACACAUUAUUGUACUUGAUGCCAAUGAUAACGCCCCAAUGUUCAGUCAGACCAUUUAUAAAGCCAAUGUGCCUGAAAAUUCUCCACUCGGGACGGUAGUAGCUGUUGUCAGUGCUACUGACGUGGAUGACGGGGUGAAUGGAGAAGUGUCUUAUCAAAUAGGCCAUGUGUCUGAUGACAACAUAGAUGUUUUUUCCGUUGAUCAAAAAACGGGGGAAAUAAGAGUUAUAGGUGCAAUUGAUUUUGAAGAAACAAGGUCGUUUGAAAUGAGAGUGCAGGCAAAAGAUGGCUUCGGACUGACUUCAUAUGCCAAAAUGUUAAUAGAUGUGACUGAUGUGAAUGACAAUGCCCCUGUUAUGAAUCUAAAAUCACUGUCAAACCCUAUUCCAGAGAAUAUUCCACCUGGUACAGAGGUGGGUAUUAUUAAUGUGCUAGACAGAGAUUCCGAUAAUAACAGACAGGUCCGCUGUUCCCUCCAGCAGGGUGUCCCUUUCAAGUUAGUUCCAUCUAUUAAAAACUAUUAUUCUCUGGUGAGCACAGGACAGCUGGACCGUGAAGUGGUGUCUGAUUACAACAUUACAAUCACUGCCACUGACGAGGGAUCUCCACCUCUGUCCUCCUCUAAAAGUGUCCAGUUGUCUGUAGCUGACAUCAACGACAACCCACCUGUGUUUGAGGAAGAGUCGUACAGCGCAUAUGUGAGUGAAAAUAACAAAGCUGGCUCCACUUUAUGUUCCGUUGCUGCUCGAGACCCUGACUGGAGACAAAACGGGACCGUGAUUUAUUCACUGUUAGCUGGAGAGGUGAACGGUGCCCCGGUGUCCUCUUAUGUGUCUGUGAAUGGAGACACGGGGAUGAUCCACGCUGUGAGGUCGUUUGAUUAUGAACAGCUGAGGAGUUUCAAAGUGCAGGUGAUGGCCAGAGACAACGGUUCUCCUCCCCUGAGCAGCAACGUGACAGUCAGUGUGUUCAUAUCAGAUGUGAAUGACAACGCUCCUCAGAUCUUGUACCCCGCCCCGGAGGGCAACUCCUUCAUGACCGAGCUGGUCCCCAAAGCUGCACACGGAGGCUCUCUGGUGUCCAAAGUGAUCGCAGUGGACGCGGACUCUGGACAGAACGCUUGGCUGUCCUAUCAGAUACUCAAAUCCACUGAUCCGGGACUUUUCACUAUCGGUGUCCACAGUGGAGAGAUCAGGACACAGCGGGACAUUUCUGAAUCUGACAGCAUGAAACAGAACCUGAUCGUGUCAGUGAAAGAUAACGGACAGCCCUCUCUGUCUGCCACCUGCUCCAUGUAUUUACUGAUUUCUGACAACUUGGCUGAGGUUCCUGAGCUGAAGGAUAUUUCUUAUGAUGAGAAGAACUCCAAGCUGACUUCCUACCUGAUCAUUGCGCUGGUGUCUGUGUCCACCUUUUUUCUGACUUUCAUCAUUAUCAUCCUGGGUGUGAGGUUUUGUCGCAGGAGAAAGCCCAGACUGUUGUUUGAUGGAGCAGUGGCCAUCCCCAGUGCUUAUCUCCCUCCAAAUUACGCAGAUGUUGACGGCACUGGAACUUUACGCAGCACCUACAAUUAUGACGCCUACCUGACAACAGGAUCUCGUACCAGUGACUUCAAGUUUGUGAGCUCUUACAAUGACAACACGCUGCCUGCUGACCAGACUCUGAGGAAAAGUCCAUCAGACUUUGCUGACGUCUUUGGUGAUCCCGAUUGUUCUCCUGAGGUAGGACAAUUCCCCCUUCAUAAAUUUGUUAAAUCAUUGUCUCUCACCUGUUGUAGCAAUUCAAUGAAAACAGUACACAAACCUUCUCUAUGCUCCAGGUAUAUUGAGUAG